AUGCGGCCAGGUUUCUCUGCUGCUCAGAUAAUUGUCAUAACCCUGGUUGCCACUAUUCGCUUCGGGGACGCGUUGGUACCACGCACACAGAUUGGGGAGUCGUAUGAUUUCAUUGUUGUAGGGGGUGGUCUAGCCGGGCUUGUGCUUGGUAGCCGCCUUUCGGAAGACACAAAUCAUACUGUCCUUGUCCUUGAAUCAGGCGGCAAUGGAGAUGACUAUCGAGAACGUAUAGUGAAGAUACACCGGCAUAUGCGUAUUUUGACUCCCCUCUGGACUACGCCAUUGAACUGGGCAUUCUGGACAGUUCCUCAGCAAAAUGCAGCGAACCGUGAGAUUUAUUGGCCUCGUGGCAAGGUCCUUGGAGGUGAGAACGAGAUAAAUGCUUGGCAAGGCAUGCUCGGAGACAUGGAUGGCGCUGAAAAUUGGUCGUGGGAUGCAUUCUACGCUGCUAUGAAGAAAAGUGAAACAUUCGCCCCCCCAAUUGACGCCGUGAUUCAAGAGGCAGAUAUUACUUGGAAUGCAUCAAAUCAUGGCACUACGGGGCCAAUCUGUGCAUCGUAUCCUGGCUUGACGUUUCCCCAAGUUGGCCAGUGGUCAAUGUCUUGUGAGAAUAUUGGAAUUGAUAUUUCUGGCAACAUGUACGAUGGUCAGAACUGGGGUGCCGAGGUCUCAACCUCCACCAUCAAUCCGCAAAACUGGACGCGCUCCUACAGUCGGACCGGGUAUCUCGACCCGCUUCCGGACCGGGGUAAUUACGACGUGUUGGCCAAUGCUCAUGUUACUCGCAUUCUCUUCGACAGCUCCUCCCCUUCAGAUAACUUAUUAGCGAAUGCUGUCGAGUAUACACCUGAUGAUGGAACGACAACACUGACGGUCAAAGUAAACAAAGAAGUUAUCAUCGCAGGUGGCUCUAUAGGCAGCCCGGCUAUUCUGCUCCAUAGCGGUGUUGGCCCAAAGGAUGUCCUCUCUAGUGCAGGUGUUGACCUUGUCUCUGAGCUCCCUGGUGUCGGCCAACAUCUCCAGGAUCAUUUUAGUGCCACCGUGACGUGGAAUGUUGAUGUGGAAACUGCGGGUUCCACUUUCUACGAUGAUGGCAGCCAGAGGAACAACCCUCUCUUUCUCUCUUAUGUUGAUUCUGCAGUUGCCUAUGUGAACACGACCACUAUGUACGGCAGUCAAAUUCAAGAGCUCCAGACAAACAUAUUAGCUCAAAUGGACGAAUAUACACCCAAUACAACAUACGAUGCUGGUGUUAUCGCUGGUUACAAGGCAAUUUAUAAUACGACGGCAUCGAAAAUAUUCAACAGCCCUACAGGUCAGAUUGAGCUCCUGUUCAUGAACAGUGACGGCAGUGGCGACAUCGGUAUCACGGCUGCUCUCCAGCAUCCAUACAGCCAUGGCCGUAUUUACAUAAACUCCUCGAACCCAAUGGACUACCCUGUCAUUGAUCCGAAUUAUCUUGAUAAUCCAGCUGGUAUGCUUCACAUCUGUCACCAGGACAAGGUCACGGAUGCUGACAAAUUGGCAGAUUACGAGAUACUACGCGAUGGUCUCAAACUCGCUCGUCAGUUAGGUGAAACCGAACCAUUAAGUAGCAGCUUCACAAGCGAGCGGUCACCAGGUUCAUCCGUCCAGACAGAUGAAGAGUGGGAAGACUGGCUGCGUGGGGCGGGUGGCACCGAAUACCAUCCAUCGUCAUCCUGUGCAAUGCUCCCUCGUGAACAAGGUGGUGUAGUCGACGCAAACCUUCGCGUGUAUGGCCUUGCAAACGUCCGAGUUGCGGAUGCCAGUGUUCCCCCCAUUGCCUUGUCUACGCAUCUGAUGGCCUCGACGUACGGAUUGGCUGAGCAAGCCAGCACCAUAAUUCGGGAUUUCUGGGAUAGACCAUCCUCGGCACGGCCUUCUUCCAGUUCAACUCCAACCACUGAGUCGCACCACACAACAGACACUGGAAGCUUGGGCAGCGGAAAGAGCAACCAGAGCAGCAAUGGCAACGUCAACACUCCGUUGAGUCUUUGGAUAUCCCUUUUGGUUGCAGCGCAUGCUCUGGUCGCUUUCAAUUCACCCCUCUAG